CAGUGUGCGCUCUGAAAAUACGAACAGACAUUUUAACAGCGCACUGAAUUUACGCACUCUAACACACUGGAGACAAUUUACGAACGCGCCCAAAUCGCCUCAAUUGGGAUGAACCUCAUCAUAGCUAGACAGCAAGCCGAGUAGGAGAUAGCUACGGCAGGGGGUUCACAAAAAACACCAGACGAACACCUAGCUAAUGGGAAUAGUACUGCCCUUGGUGACAGCCUUUCAUGUGUCUUUGUCACGCUGUGCCUUUCUGUUGAUAAAGCACAGUGGGACCAAGAGAUGUCUGCGCCGGGUUUUACGAGCCUGAAAACCUCUCUCGAUCACAGCUUGAAUUCAACGCCGAAUGGUGGAGCAGCACCCCCCUAUCAGAAUGGUCCAGGAGGGCAGACUUACCCAUCCACAUAUCCUUUGACUGGGUACUAUGGAGCCGGGCCUCAACAGCAGGGCUACCCAACCAUUCCAGGACACUGUGCCCCUGCCCCCCAAAAAGCUCCCAUCACGAACAAUGAUCACAGUGCUUACUGCCACCAGCAGCCACUGCAGCCCAAUGCUGCACCUACUGUAGCCCCCUCUGCAUAUGGAGCAACCCAAGGCUCCCACCCUCCCUCUCUGCCCUAUGGCACCCCCACCACUCUUCCCACCUCCGCUGCCCCUCCAAACACACAACAUGCACCUUCAUUCCAACAACCAGCCCCCUACGCACAGCCUGGGGCCUACUAUGGACAGCAGCAGUACCCUACCUCCCAAACGCAACACCACCCCCAGCAGCCAAACUUGGUUUUGGCACCCCCCACCAGCCCAGGUGCUCCCCUGUAUCCCAUUGUCUCGUACCCCUCUGUUCCGGGAAGCAGCCAGUACGGUACAUUGCGUUCCUCCCAGGCUCCCACCGGCCCAGCAGCUGUUCCCAAUCUGAUGGGCGCUCCCCUCCACCAGCAUGCCCCAGGAAAUGACACCAGUCACCCAGCAUCUACUGCAGCGGUUCCCCCUGGGUAUAGCAUGGCUCCACUCGGCCAACCAGCCACAGUCAACGGCCAGGGUAAUGCAGUCCAAGCCCCAGUCCUCCAGCACUAUGACCAAAGUCACCAGGCACCCAUGACACAUGACCACUACGGAGGAGGAGUCACACACAACACUGGGGGUGCUGACAGGGACAUACCACCUUUAGGAAUCCCCUCCACUUCAGUUCAUUCCUCCCCAGGGCAUCAGCAAGGCGGGGAUAGUUCCUCAACCACCACCGGCAGUGCGUCCCCGGUGCCCAACAGCUACGACUCCCUGGAAGGCGGCAGCUACCCAGAGUUCUCCAAUCCUCCGUCUGCCGACAUGCCCAAACAGCCAGUCUAUCAGCAGAGGCCGGUCUCCAGGGUAGACUCCUCCCCCUCACACGGCGGGUACAACCAAACUGGCUAUCAGCAUUUGCCACAGCCCUUCCCUAACAUGUCCCAACUGUCUGCGGCCCUUGGGGGACUGAGCGGUGUACCAGAGCUGGAGGUGGAGGCACUGCGGCCAGUCAACCUGCUGCAGGAGAGGAACCUGCUGCCCCACCGGCCCCUGGACGCCCCCGAACCCAACCUCAGCGCUGACCUAAAGAAGGCCAACUGCAGCCCGGACACGUUCAGGUGUACCCUGACCAACAUCCCCCAGACCCAGGCCCUGCUGAAUAAAGCCCGGCUUCCCCUAGGCCUGCUCCUGCACCCCUUCAGAGACCUGGCACAACUCCCAGUGAUCACGUCCAACACCAUAGUGAGAUGUCGCUCCUGUCGUACCUACAUUAACCCCUUCGUCUCCUUCCUGGACCAGAGGAGAUGGAAAUGCAAUCUCUGUUACAGGGUCAACGAUGUUCCUGAUGAGUUCAUGUAUAACCCAGUGACCCGCUCAUAUGGAGAGCCCCACAAGAGGCCAGAGGUACAGAACUCCACUGUGGAGUUCAUAGCCUCUUCAGAUUACAUGCUGCGUCCCCCUCAGCCUGCAGUGUACCUGUUUGUGCUGGAUGUGUCUCACAACGCGGUGGAGGGAGGCUACCUGAACGUCUUCUGUCACACCCUACUGGAAAACCUGGACAAGAUGCCUGGGGACACGCGCACCCGAGUUGGCUUCAUCACCUUCAACAGCACCAUCCACUUCUACAACCUCCAAGAGAGCCUCUCACAGCCACAGAUGUUGGUGGUCUCCGACAUCGACGAUCUCUUCAUUCCAACCCACGACAGUCUCCUGGUGAACCUGAAGGAAAGCAGAGCGCUGGUGAGGGUACUGUUGACCUCCCUACACAGAAUGUUUAGCCAGACCAGGGAGACCCACAGUGCCCUGGGCCCGGCGCUGCAGGCUGCCUACAAACUCAUGUCCCCCACGGGGGGCCGCGUCUCCGUGUUCCAGACCCAGCUACCCACACUGGGCGCCGGCCUGUUGCAGUCCCGGGAGGACCCCAACCAGAGGUCCAGCACCAAGGGGGUCCAACACCUGGGCCCAGCCACAGACUUCUACAAGAAGCUGGCCCUGGACUGUUCUGGCCAACAGAUAGGAGUGGACCUGUUCCUCCUCAGCUCCCAGUACUCUGACCUGGCCUCACUAGCCUGUAUGUCUAAGUUCUCAGCGGGCAGUAUCUUCUACUACCCCUCGUUGCACCACGUUCACAACCCGGCCCAGCUGGACAAGUUCCAGAAGGAUCUGGAGCGCUACCUCACCAGGAAGAUCGGCUUCGAGGCGGUUAUGAGGAUACGCUGCACCAAAGGCUUGUCCAUCCACACGUUCCACGGGAACUUCUUUGUGCGCUCGACGGACCUGCUGUCCCUGGCCAACAUCAACCCAGACUCGGGCUUCGCCGUGCAGAUGUCUAUAGAGGAGAGCCUGGCCGACACCGCACUGGCCUGCUUCCAGUCUGCGCUGCUGUACACCUCCAGCAAAGGGAAGAGGCGCAUCAGGGUCCAUACUCUGUGUCUGCCAGUGGUGAGCCAGCUUAGUGAUGUAUAUGCCGGGGCUGACGUUCAGGCCAUCACCUGCCUCCUAGCCAACAUGGCCAUUGACCGGUCGAUAUCGUCAAGCCUGUCGGAUGCCAGGGAUGCCCUGGUGAAUGCGGUGGUGGACUCUCUGAGUGCAUACAAGAACACUGUAUCUAAUAUCCAGCAGUCUGGUCUCAUCGCCCCUGCAGCCCUGUGUCUCUUCCCCCUCUACGUGCUGGCACUACUCAAACAGAAAGCACUGCGCUUGGGGACCAGCACCAAGCUAGACGAGCGUGUCUUCGCCAUGUGUGAGUUCAAGAGCCAGCCGCUGCAGCAGAUCAUGCGCGCGGUCCACCCCGACCUCUACCGCCUGGACACCAUGUCAGACCAGGGGGCUCUCCACCUGAACGACUGCAUAGUGCCCCAGCCUCAUCUGCUGCACCUCACGGCUGAGAAGCUGACCAGAGAAGGAGCGUUCCUCAUGGACUGUGGCAGCGUCUUUUACUUGUGGAUUGGGAAAUGCUGUAAUGAUGUGUUCAUUCGGGACGUGUUGGGAUGCCCAAACCACGCUUCUAUACCCCCUAACAUGACCCAAAUUCCUGAGUUGGAAACCCCUCUGUCUGAACGACUGCGUGCACUCCUCGCCUGGCUACAGGACUCGAGAACCUUCAGCUCAACUCUUCACGUCGUGAAGGACGAUGCUACAGCGAAGACCAGCUUUUUCCAGCACUUGGUAGAGGACCGGUCGGAGUCGGCCCUCUCCUACUACGAGUUCCUGCUCCACAUCCAGCAGCAGAUGUCCAAGUAGAACACAUUGAGCAGAAGGCCCCUUGAACGUGGCACAUGACAAACCGAAAGCUCCCUCAGACUGACUGUAGUGAGGUAGUAGGACCACCGAUGGACAACGCUACCACCCCAACCCCACCGAACCCCUAGCUCUCUGGUCAACCGCGGCCUAUGACUGUGGGAGGCUGGUGGAAGGACCAAAGUGAAGAUGACUUCCGGAGUUGAAGUGAAGGAAUUGGCGUUUUGGACUCACGGAGCAAGUUAUGCGCUCUGAACAGGCUGCUGCUUCAACCAGCUCGAUGGCUUGAACCCUUCCCCCUAUUGUCUCUCAGCCACUUUCGUAGCUCCACGUAGCAUCUCUCCCCAAGAGAAAGCAAGGAGAGGCUGCUACUUCAUCUGAUUAAGUUGACUCUUCUCCGACACGCCCCCGCAUGUUGUGGUAUCAUAGUUUAUCACACAUGCUCCCCAUCCUUGUUUCAUUUUCUCUUAUUUUCAAACACAUUGACAUAUGAGUACAGCAUCCCCUCUCCUUGUUUUCACUGUGUGGUUUGGAGCCGCAUCUUUCACCAUUGUGUUUGCUGCUGCUAGUCGGGUGAUUGGCUCCCCUCUGCUUAACAGGAUGCUAGUCAAGUGUUUGAAGACCCUGGCCCCUCCCCCUGCUGUUCAAACCCUGUGUUGUCUAGAUUAAACUGAAACCCCUGAAAAUUUCCCCCCUCUUGUUUUUCGAGCCGCUACCAGAAGUUGCUGUCCACUUUGUAACUAUUGAAAAUAAUAUUUUAUGUGCGAUAAUUUAUGACGAGCUUAUUAAAUAAAAUGAAACAGUA